AUGACGACCAACAAUCCGGUCCUGGAAACAGACCUCGAGCUGGAACCAGCAAACCUCCGCGACGAUGAAAAUGUCUUCCCAACCCUGAGCACCCUGCCGAGUACGGACAACAUCGACUUUGACUUCUACAACAGCGUCGACGGUACAUUCUACGUUCCGACGCGCCACUGGUGUCUCCUGGCCGAGAUCGUCAACGUCCAUUUCUUCUUCCGGCUGCUGCUCGUCGUUCGCGACAAGGCUGGCCGUCACCUGCCCGUGUAUUUCUACACGGAGGAGCGCGGCUGGGAUUUUUUUGCUCACGUCACUUCGUCUGUCCUGUCUGCUUCUCAGCAGAACCAUGACCACCUGUCGCUGCCGCAGCAGGGGUAUACGAUUGCCAUUCUGUAUGCGCAUCGUCAUCUGUUCAUGGAUCUGUCAGUUGGGGUGAAACAGUUGGAGUUGGAUUCUAUCAAGAUUAUCCCCACGUCGCUGGACAACCUUCUCGAAUUGAGCGACCAGGUCCGUACUUAUUCCGCAAAGGCUAACGGCCAGAGGGCGUGUCACGGAUGCGGUCAGCGGAAAGACUCGUUGCUGAAAUGCAGCAAGUGUGGACUCUUCUGGUAUUGCUCUAAGGAUUCUCAGAGACGACGACGUGAAAGCGAUGUUGACGCUUCAGUGGAAUGA